AUGUACGAAUUAUUUCUCACGGCUUUCGUCGAGGACAAGGACUUUGAUGCAGCUUGUGCAGUUCUCGGCGGAUUCUGUGCCAUGACUCCAUGGGAGACGCUUGAUAGAGUGCUCUGUUUUCAAGGCCCCCCUCGGCCAGGAGGCAUAACAAACCAGACGUCCAUUGACAAACCGAUGAGAAAAGAUGCCGCAUUCUUGUGGAAGGACCUCCAUCAAAGCCUGAGUCGUCAGUCUUUCAUCCUGCAGGCCAGGUAUGAGAUUUUAAAAGAACGAGAUAUGGGCCCGCUCUCGCCACCGAUGGAUCUGGACAGUUUGCCAGGCCUGUUGCGAUGGACUGAUUUUCCCGAGCCUCCUCAUGGUCGACCGUUAAUCACCCAAAGAAAGAUGGUGGAGAUUUGGGAACAAAGGAGACUCCCUUCAAUCUUGAGGGAUAACCAUUUUAGAUUUAAAACCGAAACCUUGGAGAAGAACUAUCGGUUCUUUCGUGAUGAAAUUGAAUUCUGCCUGACUCGUCAUUACUUGGUCAGGCCGAUUGAGGAUUACAGUCCACUAGAAUCAAGAGGUGAUGACACCAUUAGCCCGCUAUCGGGCUUACCUGCCUGGGACGCAGUCACUCCAGUCGAUAUGCAGAAUCGCUGGAUACUUUUGGUCAAAUCGCACGUCGUUCAAGACAAUAAGCCAGAUGAAAUCCGGAAAGUUCAGGACCUCCUUCUAGCGAUUCGCGGAGAGUUGGAGGGUGCAUUUUCUUUCAUGACUAUUGACCGCAAGGUUCAUGACACCCGUAUCUCCUUGCAGCAGCAAGGGAUCCAGGCAUUGCCCCAAAAGAUCAAGGUGGGGAAGAAUUGA